CGAUGUGUUGAUGAAGAUGGAGAAAGGAGAGGAAAACCAAAGCAAAUCUCAUUUUUGGAGCCAAUCUGCAGCUGUGAAACACUGCAUUGAAAUCUCCCCCUCUCUCUCUCUCCCUCUCUCCUUUUCUUUCUCCCACAUUCGCGCGCGCUCCCCCACGCAGCCGGGCGCGCACACGGGAAACCUGCCCGUCCGUGCACUGCACACAGGAGCCGCUGACAGUACGCGCGCCUGCCUGGUAUCGCUGCAUCGCGUCCCUGCCGCUCCGCCGGAUCCUUGCGCAGAGGACAUUCCUUCCCUCCGGUGACCGCAUCCAUCUCCUGCUUCAUUACCACGUCUUAACUUUUCCCGUCUUUGUCUUUUCUCCUCCUCACUCGGUGGGAACCUGUGUCUGACAUCAUGCCUUCUACCGCGCGAUAAUACCCCGUGUGAGCCAGACGCCGUUAACUUCUCGGGGGCUGAAUGGCACAGCUCUGCGUGCCGGGUCUGGAAAGUUGCGCUGCGUCAGGGAGCAUGGGCGCAAACUUUCAAAGCUUUUUAUAAUCGACAGACAUCUUUUUUUUAUUGUGUUUAUAGUGAAGACAAUGAAGACAGGUGAGUCACACGAAGCCUGAGAGGAUUCGCACAGCUCCGAGGGAAGGCGACGCGGGGGGAAGUCGUGAUCCGUGUGGCGGAUUGCGCUACGGAGGACGGAGGGAACGCACCGAUGAGACAACAUGGGUCCACUGCUGUGUGAUGGACGACUGACACACCUUCUCUUUCCACUUCUCCUCCUCCUGCGGGCUCCCCUGCUGUUCGGCUUCAGUGAGCGCACCUGCCCCAAUAGCUGCCGAUGCGAGGGGAAAACGGUCCAUUGUGAUUCCUCUGGCUUCGUAGAUGUUCCAGAAAACAUCUCAGUCGGCUGCCAGGGCCUCUCCCUGCGCUACAAUGACCUGCACACCCUGCUGCCCUAUCAGUUUGCUCACCUCAGCCAGCUCCUCUGGAUUUACUUGGACCACAAUCAGGUUUCUGCCGUUGACAGUCGAGCAUUCCAGGGGGUCCGCAGGCUUAAGGAGCUGAUACUGAGCUCCAACAGGAUCACGUCACUACACAAUUCAACAUUCCAUGGAAUACCCAAUCUCCGCAGUCUGGACUUGUCCUACAACAAAUUGGAAGUCCUGCAGCCAGGUCAGUUCCAUGGCUUACGUAAACUACAAAAUCUGCACCUGCGCUCCAAUGGUCUCUCCAACAUCCCGAUCCGAGCAUUCCUAGAGUGCCGGAGUUUGGAGUUUCUUGAUUUGGGCUACAAUCGAAUCAAGGCUCUUACUCGCACCACCUUCCUGGGCCUGCAGAAGCUGAUGGAGUUGCAUCUGGAGCACAACCAGUUCUCACGGAUCAACUUUUUUCUGUUUCCGAGGUUAGCCAACCUGAGAUCCCUGUAUCUGCAGUGGAACCGCAUCAGGGUGGUUAACCAGGGCCUCCCGUGGAAUUGGUACACUCUGCAGAAACUUGAUCUGUCAGGAAAUGAAAUCCAGACCCUGGAUCCGGCUGUGUUUCACUGCUUGCCCAACCUCCAAGUCCUCAACCUGGAAUCCAACAAGCUGUCCAACGUGUCUCAGGAGGCCGUGACAGCAUGGAUCUCACUGACCUCCAUCAGCCUCGCUGGGAACAUGUGGGAUUGUGCGACUGGCAUCUGCCCCCUUGUGGCUUGGUUGAGGAAUUUCCGGGGCAGUAAAGACACCACUAUGAUAUGCAGCAGCCCAAAGUAUCUGCAGGGAGAGAAGAUUAUGGAAGCCACAAUGAGCCACGGCAUCUGUGAGGAGACUGAUUACGUCCUGACUGAAACACCCUCGCCAAUGUCAGAGCUCAUUUCUGAAGCCACCGCCGAACCAACCUUCUCACCGACUGGCACCUCUGCACCAAUGCCUCCGAGCAACACCUUUGGUCCUCUGCCACCAUUCAGACCACGGCCUAUUCCUCAUCCUACUUUUCCAGGGCGUUUAAACAAGGACCCUAAAGACUCAGUAGCUCUCACGCGACCCACUCACACACCACCCCCGGAGAUGGAGCACAUGACUCUGCACAAAGUGGUGGUGGGCAGCGUGGCGCUCUUCUUCACCAUGUCCCUAAUCUUGACAGUUGUCUAUGUGUUGUGGCGGCGGUACCCCGGUGCAACCAGGUUGCUGCAGCAGCGAUCCAUGGUGGGACGGAAGCGCCGCAAAAAGAGUCCAGAGCCGGAGCAGAACCUGAGCUCCCAGCUCCAAGAGUAUUACAUGAGCUACAACCCUGCUGCCACACCGGAAGCAUUGGAGGUGCUGGGCAACGGCACUGGUUCCUGCACUUGCACAAUGUCUGGCUCCAGGGAGUGUGAGAACGAGUACACGUGUCCGCGCCCGCUGCCCGGCGCCUGGCUGGGAGACGUGCCCACCAUCCGUUAGCCCACAGGGACACAGGGAGGGGCCACGUGUGACCACAGCAAGGAUCCCUACUCCAACUGUCCACAUCUGAGAAUAAAUUCGAGAACGCUCCUUCGACGAGGAGAGAACACUGUCUUUUUCUUUUUUGUCAAGAUUUUAUAACAUCCUUCGUCUGGCCUGUUGUCGUCGACCAUCGUCUGUUCCCUAAAGGACACGUGUGGGAACACAGUCCUGCUGGUGAAUAGCACAGCUCAUGGUCGAACACUCAUGAGCACUAAUGGACGAGCAACAUGGAAACUGUAGAGGUUAUUGUCUCCAUGAGGACAACGCGGCUUCGCCUGAAAAACACUGUAAAGUUUCAAGAGGCUUUAAAAAGAGAAAAUGAGUUGUUUGAAUUUAAACUGCACUGAACAGGUAGCUCCGACCUCGGUGCUGACAAGGCCGUGUGCAACAUGAAGUGGGUUUUGCAUAUUCUGAUUCCACAGGAAGCUUCGUGUUUCUCAUCUUUCGAUUUAGUUUUGUGGGUGAAAGACUAAUCAAAGGCCAGGAUGAUGUAAAUGUGCCUCACCGGAGCGGAAACUUCACGACUCACUGGUUUUUUCUCUGUGCACCUGUCAGUGAAGCUGGAACCUGCUUCUUCUUCUUCUGCUGGAGAUCGAGUCAGCGGCUGGAAGAUUGUUUGAAGCGUGUGGGAAAGAUCCCUGCAGGGAAGCAAGCGAUCGCCCAGCCAGUGACAUCUGCUGAGGUUGUUUUUAAUUUGUUUCUAAUCCCAGCCACGCCUCGACGAUGUGGUUUGAUCCGGACGGGGAACGGGGAAUCACACGCAAAAGAGGGCGGGGAACAAAAAAGAGAAAAAGCUCCUAUCGAGGGUUAAAUUGUACUUUUCUGCAGUUGUAAUGUUGUUAAUGUUGUACUUUAAUGAAUAUGUGUUUCUGCCAUUUUCAAACACCAAAUACCAAAGAGCCAAAACGGAGCGUUUUUCUGCCCCUGGCUCUCCAAACCACGGGGGCGGCGACAGAUCCCGGAAUUUGAUCCCCCAGGGAAAAAAUCAAAAGAAGCCUCGACUCCUCCUCUCACGCCCGGCAGUGCUCUGGUCACCCAACGGGCUUUUUAAUUUUUUUCAUGUGUGUAAACGUGUGUUACGUCUUCGUGAACCAAUCUCGCAACGGCAGUCUUCACUAGGAGGAUCCUGCCUGAAAGAUAACUUUGAUCCACUGCUGUAUGUUUUCUAUGACUUAUUAUGUUUAACACGAGCUUCACUUUCCCUGACGGUGAUCAACUCUCUCUCCCCCCCCCCAUCCUUAAAGAGAAAGCGAAAGUUUCCUGCCGUGCACCCCCCCAACAUCAUCUUUCUACGUCAGAAAAUGCUAAUUUUCUAUUGUAAAUUUCUGCUUCUUCUCCCCCCCCCCCCCACACCCCCCUUGAUAUUUA